UAGAACGUUAAGAACACGGGGAAAAAAAAAGAAAAAAGAAAAGAAAGAAAGAAUUGAUGCAUUGAUAGUUUGAUAGAAAUAGAAAAGCGAAGGAAAAGAAAAGGAAGAAAAUCGAGAGAGAGAGAGAGCGCGCGCUUAAAGUUUCAACAACAAACAGAACGGGUCAUCAAAAUCAUGAAGACAAAGUGCUCUUCUCUUCUUCACUCUCUUCUUCUCCGACAUCUCCGCUUCUUCUCUUUCUUUAGUCUUACCUCUGCAUUUCUUACCUUACGAGGAAAUUCUUGAAUUCCUUGGUAAUGUGUGGAGCAUAAGAAUCUGCUUCAUCUGUCAAAUGAGUGCCUAAGCCAAAGGGUGCAUCUUCAGUAACUUAUGAAAUCAAAUGCAUAUAUUUAAGAGUGCAGGGCUGUGAGCCUGUGACAAGAGGGCUCUGUCUCCCACAAAAUUUGAAAUAAUUGUCAAGUGAAACAUAUGGAGUCUACAGGGUGUUGGUUCAAUAGGUUAAAGUCAAAGGAUAAGCUGAAGUCUGCGAAAAAGAAAGAUACUGCAGGCAAUGAGAAGGAGGGAUCAAAAGCCCCAAACAGUGAAGAAGCACCAUCAAAUGUAACAAGGCAGAAGGUUGCCGCUGCAAAGCAGUAUAUUGAGAACCAUUAUAAGAAGCAAAUGAAGGACCUGCAAGAGAGGAAGGAGCGACGUAAUGUACUGGAGAAGAAGUUAGCUGAUGCUGAGGUCUCUGAGGAAGAACAAGAUAACUUACUUAAGUAUUUAGAGAAGAAGGAAACUGAAUACAUGCGCCUUCAAAGGCAUAAAAUGGGUGCUGAUGAUUUUGAGCCAUUGACAAUGAUAGGCAAGGGUGCAUUUGGGGAGGUUAGAAUCUGUAGGGAAAAGUCAACAGGUCAUGUGUAUGCUAUGAAAAAGCUUAAGAAAUCAGAGAUGCUUCGGCGAGGACAGGUUGAACAUGUGAAAGCAGAAAGGAAUCUACUUGCGGAGGUUGAUAGCAAUUGCAUUGUCAAACUGUAUUGUUCUUUCCAAGAUGAAGAGUAUCUGUAUCUAAUCAUGGAGUAUCUACCUGGUGGAGAUAUGAUGACUUUAUUGAUGCGCAAGGACACGCUAACUGAAGAUGAGGCCAGGUUUUAUGUUGGGGAAACUGUCCUGGCUAUUGAGUCUAUCCAUAAACAUAAUUAUAUUCAUAGAGAUAUUAAGCCUGACAACUUGCUACUUGAUAGAAAUGGUCACAUGAAAUUAUCAGAUUUUGGACUAUGUAAACCAUUAGAUUGCAGUAAUCUCCAAGAAAAGGAUUUUUCUGUGGCAAACAAUCUUAGUGGAGCUCUUCAAAGUAAUGGAUGCCCUGCAGCACCAAAACGUACACAACAGGAGCAAUUGCAACACUGGCAGAGGAACAGGAGGAUGCUUGCUUAUUCCACUGUUGGAACUCCUGACUACAUUGCCCCAGAGGUCUUGUUGAAGAAAGGAUAUGGAAUGGAAUGUGAUUGGUGGUCCAUUGGUGCUAUUAUGUAUGAAAUGCUUGUGGGGUACCCGCCGUUUUACUCAGACGAUCCCAUGUCAACUUGUAGGAAGAUAGUAAAUUGGAGAAAUCAUUUAAAGUUUCCAGAAGAAGCAAAGUUAUCUCCCGAGGCAAAAUACCUUAUUAGCAAACUCUUAUGUAAUGUUGACCAGAGGCUUGGAACAAAAGGCGUGGAUGAAAUAAAGGCUCACCCAUGGUUUGAAGGUACUGAGUGGGAGAAAUUAUAUCAAAUGAAAGCUGCAUUUAUUCCUGAGGUCAAUGAUGAGUUGGAUACUCAAAAUUUUGAGAAGUUUGAAGAGGCUGAUGACCAAAUUCAAACUUCAGCAAAAUCUGGUCCAUGGAGAAAGAUGCUUUCAUCUAAAGAUAUUAACUUUGUUGGCUAUACAUACAAGAACUUUGAAAUUGUAAAUGAUCAUCAGUUACCUGGAAUCGCUGAAUUAAAGAAAAAGAGCACAAAAUCUAAGAGGCCCUCCGUCAAGUCGCUUUUUGGUUGCUGAAGACGGUGGUUGAAAUCAAACUUUCGCCACAUAAUUUGAAUGGUGGUCUCGGCAUCCUCUUCCUUCCUAGGUGGCAUGUGUAUAGUAGUGAGGUCUGUUUUGACGUCAAUUGACUUUUUCUUUUCUUUUCCUUCUUUUUCUUCCUUGGAUUGCGUGUUGGCCAUGUAAAAAAUUAUAUCAACCCUUCAAUUUCUUUUUUCUUUUGAUUCAGUCCUUAUUCUCUUAAUUGCAAUUGUUUUAUUUACAUUAAUUUUUUUAAUUGGAUUUUAUUUUUGAUUUCGUCUCUAUUUAUUUGAUUUUGUUAAUUUUUUAUCAAAUUUGAUCAUCAUUCUUUUAAUUGUUAUUUUUUGGUUUUCGGUCAUUUUCUUGAUUUUUUUUUUUUCAAUUUCAUCCUUGAGCAUUUCUUUUCAUUGAAUUUUAUGUCAAGCUUGGUGCUAAUUUUUUUAAUUGUUAUUUUUUAAUUAUUUUCUUAAUUAAUUUGUUUUUUUUUAAUUUCAUCCCUAAACAUUUAAUUUCAUUAAAAUUUUCCCUUAACAUUAAGUUUCAGUGGUUUUUAUAUUGAUUUAUUUUCUUCAAUUUCAUCUCUCAAUAUUUGUUUGGUUAAGAAUCAAACUUUUUUGUUUUUUUCAGGUUUGCCUUUAAUGGGGUCAUUCUGGUCUUAUGACCUGGGUCAACUUUGGUCUUUUUUUUUAAAGCAUUUUUUUAAAAAAAAUUGCUAGUAUUUUUUUCGUUUUUCUAUUUAUGGGGUCAUUUCAAUUUCAUGUCCUAGGUCAUGUGUUUGGUAUAAAAGUCGCAUUAAUAACACCUAUACAUUAAGUUUUUUGUAUUGAAAAAAAAAAUAUUUGACUUA